CCCGUAACUUUCCGCGCAUGCGUGGUCUCAGGUGAAGGCACGAUGGCUGCGGACAGUGCCUUGCUGGUGUCUCUGGUGGAGGAGUACGUCUCAGGACUGCAGGACAGCAAGGCCAAAGAUACAGCAACAGGUGUUAAAGAUGGACAGUUUACAAUACUGCAGCUGGUGGAAGCACUGGGACUAAGCCUGACCAGCUCUCAGCCUCACACACGAGCCAGAGGAGUCCAGCUUCUCUCUGAAGUUUUACAGGAGUGCUAUGGAGAUCUUACAGAGAGAGAAGUGGAAGUGCUCAUUGCCUUCUAUGAAAACCGUCUGAAGGACCAUUACGUCAUCACACCGCCUGUUUUACGGGGGCUCAGAGCGCUGACGAAAUGUACAGCGUUGCCUCCUGGCUCAGCUGUGUCCAUGCUGAGGUCUCUGUUCCAGGAUGUUCAUGUUCAGUCUUUGAUGCUGGCAGAGAGAGCCUGCGUAUACAACAUGCUCAUCAACCUCAUGGAGACCAGAGAAGCCGAACUGAAGGGUUUGGGGGCAGACUUUGUGUUUGGUUUUGUCCAAUCAAUGGACGGAGAGCGGGAUCCUCGCAACCUCCUGUUAGCCUUCCAGGUCGCCAGUAACAUCGUCCACCGAGGUUAUGAUCUAGGUAAAUUCACAGAGGAACUGUUCGAAGUGACCUCCUGCUAUUUCCCCAUCGACUUCACCCCCCCUUCCAAUGACCCCCACGGCAUCACAAGAGAGGAACUCAUCCAGACACUGAGGGACGUCCUCACUGGGACGCCACGAUUCGCUGAGUUUCUGUUACCUCUCAUCAUUGAGAAGCUGGACUCAGAUGUUCAGAGUGCGAAGCUGGACUCGCUGCAGACUCUGACUGUUUGUGUAUCACAAUAUGAACAUAAGGACUUGGCAGAAUUCUUGGAGGGAUUGUGGGCAUCACUGCGCAGAGAGGUGUUUCAGACAUCAAGUGAGAAGAUUGAGUCUGCAGGCCUCGCUGCUCUCACCGCACUCACUUCCUGUCUGUCUCGCUCGGUCCUCAACUCUGACUCUGAAGACUCCCUCUGCACCUUCCUGGAUCUCGUCCUUAAAGACUGCAAACAUCACCUGUGUGAGCCAGACCUGAAGCUCGUGUGGCCCAGUGCCAAGAUGCUACAGGCCGCCUGCAGAGCCUCCAACAGGGCGAGCCACAUCAUCACAGCCGCUGUCAUGCCCUCCCUCAUUGAGCAGUACAACAGCAGGACACAGUGUUCCCACAGGCGUACAUUACUGGAGGUGGUGCAGAGAUUUGUCCAGUCGGUAAAAAUCCAGUCUUCAGACAACGAAGAGAGUGUGUUUUUAGCCUUCCGCCCGUCUCUGUGCAGCAUGACGUUUUCAGCUCUGACAGAGAAUAACUCCAGUCUGCAGAUUACAGCUGCCUCUGUGCUCACCUCACUUGCACAACAAGCAGGUCUGCUGUUGGACUCUGAUAUUGAGCUGGCUAUAGAUCACCUGACCAGACUGCUGCUGACGGAGGAGGAUGAAAGAGUCAGUGGAGCUGUGGUUAAUUGCGUCGGAACCUUAGCAGAGCUGCACCCAGCAGCCUUUAUCACUAAACUGAUCCCAAGACUAAAGCAGGAGAUGUUUUCUGAGCCCAUGGAUCAAGACAACAACAAAGUAGUUACUGAGCAGCAUUCCCAUCAUGCAGUGCGACGGCGGUGUUUGUCUUCUCUGGCUGCGGUGUCCAUUCAGCCCAGUGUUGUCAAGGAGAGCACACCUGUCCUCCUGGAGGUCCUCAGCUCAGCGCACACAGGUAGUGUUGGUUUCUCAGUAGAGGAGGUGGUGUUUGCGUGCCGCAGCCUCCAGAGAAUAGCAGAGCAGGUCCAGGACACCGAGGAGACGGGCCGAUGCUUCCACGACGUCGUCAUCCCGCGCCUGCUGUCCCUGGCGCUGCAGGCAGCACUGCAGGGUGAGGGGUCAUCUGGCCGUCGUAGUCCUCUUCUGGAGGAGGUGGUCCUGUCUGCCAUGGUCCCUGUCAUCAGUACUUCCUGCUCCAGGCUACAGCCCACGCUGGCGGGGCAGACUGCAUCGAGGGCUGUAUCUCUCUUCCUGGAAGGUGAUGUUUCCUUUUUGCCCGACAACUCCUUCCCUUCGCAGAUCCAGCUGCUCAAGAAGCAGCAGGGGGACUCGUGGAGCCAGAUGGUUUGUCUGCUUAUGGGAUGUGUGUGUGCGUUACCUCGCAGUGUGGAGGUGCCAAAGAUGGAUACUCUGCUGUCACAGCUGGAGGAGAUGAGCUGCACCUGCAGCCACCCGCUGUCAUACACCUCGGCUGCAAAGUGCUUUGCUGGCCUGCUCAAUAAGAGAGCACAGGGUGAUUCUCUCGACAACUUCAUUCAGAGGACGAUAAAGAGAGUGUGGAGUGAGUUGGACUCUGCGUCUUCAUCUACACGCACUCAGGCUUUUACCCUCAUGAUCUGGGUGGCCAAGGCUCUGCUUCUCAGAUACCACCCUCUGUCCACAGCACUGACUGAUAAGCUCUUUUCUCUGCUGGAUGAUGCUGAUCUGGGUCCAAUGGCAGCGGACGGCUUCUCGCUGCUGAUGAGUGACUCUACAGACGUCCUGAACCGCGGCUGCCACGCUGACGUUCGCAUCAUGUACCGCCAGCGCUUCUUCAGCGAGAAUUCAGCCAAGUUGGUCCAGGGCUUCAACGCUGCGCCGCAAGAGAAGAAGGCCAACUACCUGAAAGCUCUGUCUAACAUAGUCAACAAACUGCCCAAGCAGGUUCAAGUCACUGAAUUACCAGCGCUCCUGUCUCUGCUGUUGGAGGCCUUGUCAUGUCCUGACCGGUGCGUCCAGCUCUCCACCCUGUCCUGUCUGGAGCCCGUCCUCGUCGACCCACCACCAGCGCUCAUACAGCAGCUAGAGGCUUUGGUCAGCAGGCUGCUGGCCCUCACCUCUAGUCCAGUCAUGAACGUAAGGAUCGCCUCACUGCGGUGCAUCCAUGCUGUUUCCUGCUUCCCUGUACAUGAGGUGUUGCCGUUUCGGGCGCGUGUGCUGCGAGCUCUGGCCCGUCCUCUGGACGACAGGAAGAGGCUGGUGAGGGGUGAGGCGGUUCGGGCAAGAGCAGAGUGGUUCCUUAUAGGAAGUCCGGGAGGGAGGUGAUUUUGCUCCUCAAACACAGUCCGAGCCUCUUGUCUCACAUCCUCCCUGAACUACAGACAAGAAUACAGAUAUGGGAAAGUCAAAACUCCAGGAGCAGGUACCAAGGGUCACAGCUGUGCCAGUCCACACCAGAGCGCUCUCUCUCAUCUUUUCAGCCACCCUUCAUCUUCUCUCCCUUUUUACUGUUUUUGUUGCAACUGUCUGUAUCUUUACCCACGCACAAAUAAGAGUACAUGGACUGACUGUGGAGCAUUGUCUAAGUUCAAAAGAAUGAAAAUGACCAGUGUAAUUAACACACCUCAUGUAUGUUACCUUUCUCGCUACGCAUUUGUGAAAAAAUCAGAUUACAUGUAGUUAAAUGCCCGUCCUAAGAGGCCAAAGUUUUAUCUUUUAGGUUUCCUCCUCGGUCAGAUCAGCAGCUGAAAUAAGUCCCUCAGAUAUUGGUGUAUAAUCAUAAUUAAAAAGACAGUUUUUUUGAAUGUUGACUUGAAACUUGAUAAAUAACUGCAAUUAGUAAGAUCAGCUGAUUUUCCAUCAGUUUAGUAACAAAAUAAUCAAGACAUUGGUAACACUUUUUGCAAGACUUAAGUCUAAUCAAACUUGUUUUAGAUCUGAUAAAAAUAUAUUUUAAUUUCUACAAAUUCAAAGUUACUCUUGAAUGCUCUGAACGUGUCAAAUCCUACAUGAAGAGAGAAAGCAAACAGUACAUACAUUAAAUGGGAAAGCCACUGUAGUUAUCUCCUGACCUGUGGUGGCAACAUUCGCUCUUUUGUUUUAUUUGUUUGGGUUUGUUAUUUUUUACUUUGACGAUUUUGGGCUGCUGGAAACAUCAAAGAUCUCCACUUCACCAGAUAUAAAGAUGAGCGGACUUCAAGCCAAAUGAGAGCAGCCUUUUCUUCUCACCUGGAUGAAUGUGUUAAUGAGCAGUAAUGUCUUUAAUAACUGAGGUGUUUGAUUCAUGUCACUCUGGUGUGCCAGCUGGGUGGCGUCGUUGAGACCUGUGAAAAUGUGGAUGUGCCAAUUUACCUCGGGAUGCUCACUGGGUGACAUGAAUUAAGCACUUCACACCUACACUGACGUGAGUUAAAUUUCAAAGAUUAAUUUUACAUAAUUAAAUAUCUAUGUUGAGGUUAAUGUCCAUUGAAGUAAGAUUGUAAGUUAUGUGAACAAUAUGUCAGAAACCAUGACUGUAUUAUCUCAAUAUUUGAUGCUAUAUCAUAGUUUAAUGUUGAGUCAUUUCAGAACGUUCGGCUGACUUUGGACCUCACAUCAACUUAUGCCAAGGAAAUAGACAAUAUUUAAAAUGUCUAACUUAACAUGUCAUUAAAACCUUUCUUUGUAAUUAUA